AUGAAGACAGAAGCUGUAUCCUGUCCUCCAUUGAAACCACUGCUUGAAGAACCAGAGCUGAUCACCAGUAUAGACACUUGGAAUGAAUACUUACUACAUAGUGUUACCUGUCUCAGUGAUGAUGAAAUCUGGACAGGUGGAGCUGACAAAGUCAUGAAACUCUACAACCUCCAGGGCAAACUACUUAAAUCAAUCAGAACCCAGUCAGGAAAGACACCACGUGACAUAGCGGUGACAAGGAAGGGAGAUCUUGUUUAUUCUGACCCUGAUACAAGAACUGUGAACAUAGUGAAGAAUGAACAGAUACUGGAAGUGAUCAGACUACAAUGGUGGAUACCUUAUAAUGUCUGUAUUACCUCCUCUGGUGACAUCUUGGUUUCCAUGGUCAGUGAAGAUGGAGAACAAGCUAAAGUUGUCCGGUACUGUAAAUGCAUUAGUGAGAACAGAAACCUGGAUAUCUGUGUUGCUGACAAUACAGCAAAGGCAGAUGUGGUGGUCAAUCAGGCAGGAAAACUCCGAUUUGGAUAUGAUGGUCCUCCCUCUACUACUAAGGGAUCAUUUGGUCCAGUCGGCAUCACAACAGACAAUCAGAGUCAGAUCCUGACAGCAGACUGUGACAACAACUGUAUCCACAUCCUGGACCAGGAUGGAGAGUUCCUCAGUUGCAUUGAUAAUGGUGUUGUAAAGCUUCCAUGGGAUUUAUGUAUAGACACUAGAGACAAUCUCUUUGUUGUUGAGUGUUGCAAUGGUAAAGUGAAGAAAAUCAGAUAUAUGUUAAAAAAGAAUUAA